UUCCACGCCACGCCCCUGGAGGUUUACAUCUGUCAAGGCACCACAGGCGCAUGAAAUGGACCACAACGUUGCCAUUACAAACCUGACCUAUCAGAAACUGUUUUAGCUGAGUCACGUGGGAACAUUGACGGGCUGAAAGGCAGGCGGAAAGAUGAGAGAGGAACUCAGGGCACUUCACUGAAGGAGAGGCAAGUCCGUGCGUAAAAACUGAAGUUUACUACGCGGCUGCGCAACAUCGAAGGGACCUGGUCAAUAACAGACUUGCUCGAGUAAAAACGCAAAAAGUAAAACAGCAACUGGGAGAGCGGCAGGAAAAUUGGUUGUAUGGCACCUCAGUCGUGCGUAAUGAAUCCUGCGCAGGGAUCACCGCCCUCGGCUGCUCCGGGGGAGACCUCACCGGAGGACCGAGCCGCUGAUGGCAUAGGAGCUGACGAGCUGGACCUGUCAUCUGUCAGAAGGAGUAAAACCAAAAGUUUAGAUCUUCCUUUUAGUGUGGAAUCCCUCAUAUCAGACAGGACGCCGGACGGAAGCAUCCACUCCCCAAAACAUGGUUCAGGCUGCGUCCGAGCAGAGGAGACCGAGUGUGCGUCACCCAGCGGACUUUAUCGGUCCAAACCAGAGGCGGUGGACCUCAGUGACAAGGAGACGAGCCCCUGGUUUCAUACCUCUUGCGCAACCCCUCCAAGACUUCCCAGCCCGACCUCGUGCAAUCUACGCAAACACAAGAACAACAGGAAACCCAGAACUCCCUUUACAACCGCUCAGCUGCUUUCUCUGGAGAGAAAGUUUCGUCAGAAACAGUACCUCUCCAUCGCAGAGAGAGCGGAGUUCUCCAAUUCCCUCUGCCUCACAGAGACCCAGGUCAAGAUCUGGUUUCAGAACCGCAGGGCCAAGGCCAAGAGACUACAGGAGGCCGAGCUGGAGAAGUUCAAGCUGGCUGCGAAGCCGCUGCUGCCGGCCUUCGCCUUCCCCUUCCCCCUGAGCGCACCCAUGGGUGCUCCGUCCCUCUACGGGGCCCUGAACGGACCACGGCCUGCCUUCCCCUACCCAGGACUAUUCAGUGGACCAUAUGGGAUGUACUACUUGUCUUAACCCGCACUAACUUUGAACUGCAUCGUUUGGAAAGCUGCCUUUUAAAAAAUGCCUUCAUACAGCAAAUAACCAACACUGCAAAAAUCCAUCUUAUGAGUCAGCCUGUCUGAAAUAUUUUUAUUAAAUCUGUGUUCAAUAUUUUUUGUUAUUGAAAAUGUAACAUUCUUCACACAAAUAUACUGGUAGAACAAUCUCGUUUACUUUUAAAAUAGUCCUAAGGAACACUCGGAACAGGAUCAACUAAUAUUUGUUCACUUGAUUUGCAUUUUUAAAGACAUUUUCUAUGAAUAAUAAUUUAAAGAUUUACUUUACAAUAAAUUAUUUGUUAAAAUUGUCAUUUUUCAGGGUAUUCGGUGGAACCUUUUCUUACGACGCACUCACGCAGAGCUCAUUUUUCGGACUACUUUAAAUUCCAUGUAUUAUAGUGAGCUUGUCUAUUCUAAUAAAGGUAUUCCGUGAAUAUUUUAGUCAAAGUAAUGUUAAUGUCCGUAGAUGACAUGAUUAUUUAAAGGCCUGUAGUUUUGGGUUUAAAGCAAUAACUCGUGAUGACUCACUAAAGUGAUUUCCAUUUGAAUGUUUUACUUCCAUUCCAGAGGCCUUUGAAUAUUUCUUAUUUUAAACGCAUUUUGUUUUUCAAAUUCAGAAAUGUGGGGGUAUAGAAGACGCUGAAGAGCAUCAACAUUUAAUCGUCCACAUUCAGAUAGGUCCAGAUAGUCAGACUUUUUUUUCAAACCUGGAGGUGGAAGGAAAAAGUUACCAAACAAGUCUUAUUGUACUUAUGUUCAGAAGCCAUAUAGAAGAAAUUCAACAAAAAACAAAUUAGUCCAAAAGUAUAUCCAUAUAUAUAAUUAUAUGUGGGUCAUCUGUAACAAUCAAUAACAAGAACCAUCAUGGAUCAGACUAUGAUGUGCUCAUUAGUGCCUUUUCAUCACUGUUGCAAUGAAAUCAAAUGUUUAUAAAAGUGGUUUUAGAAGUUGUUUAAUCUUCAAAAAUGUUAACUAAGAACCAUGAGCUUUCAAAGUGAAUUUACUAUUACAUUUUCUAAACCACAGGAUUCAUUUGUUUCUAACUUCUUAAUAAUUUUCCCAGUUUCAAAAAUAUAAAUCAGCUAUAAAAUAAAUCUACUUUAGUAUUGUCAUUUCAUAUUUUUUUACAUUACCUCAAAAGGAGAACUUUUUUUGCACAGAUGUUGAAAGAGCUCUUAAAAGUCCUGUUUUAUUACUAAAUGUAAAUAAGUCAUCAGCUAUUUUUGCAAACACUAA